UCAGCGUGUUCUGGAAGGUGCUGCCGCUGUGUCCUCCGGAAUGGCCCUAAUCCCGUCGCACCCGAUACCACCACCCCACACCCCGCAUACGGCCGCCUUCACCCAGUGCCACCACCACCAAGUUGAUUAACAGGUGACAUCAAUUGAGAGAGCUAACGAAAUGCCUUAAAUAUGAAGCCAGAAUCCAUACAAGCUUGUGGCUUUGAAAGAAAGUGUGGUGAGAAUAACAGUUUGCAACAUUCAUAGCCUACAUGGAGGCUUUCCUGAGAGAAAUCACUUCAACUUCCAAGAACCUACUUGCAUUCAGAGAAAUGUAUGAAUAUAGAAAUCGCCUACAGACCUUAACUGCAUGGCCUUUUAAGGACAAUUGCAAAUGUACUCCUGAGAAUAUGGCCAAGGCUGGCUUCAUCCACCAUCCACAUGCAGAGGAACCUGAUGUGGCCAAGUGCUUCUUCUGCUUGAUAGAGUUAGAGGGCUGGGAGUCCAAUCACGAUCCCUGGUUGGAGCACUCCAAGCGUAGUCAAGACUCAUGUGGGUUCUUGUCCCUUUCAAAGAAUUUUGAUGAUCUGACAGUAGAAGAAUACUAUGAACUAGAGAUGGAAAGGGCCAGAAAUUUUCUUUGCAAAACAGGCCGAAGUAUAAUAAACACCUUUGAAAAAGAAGCAGCUCUAACAAGGAAACGUCUUGUGGAUCAUUUCAUGAAUAAAUACCAGUACACACCAGAAACCGAGACUUCUGCCAUUUGCAACAAAAGAAAAUUGUGUGCCAGCCAACAAAUAGAAGAGAAUGGAUUGUAGCUGACAAUCUCUUGUGAUGACAAGCAUGGUCAGAGGUAAAGGCAUAUAUUAAUGUGAACAAAGGCCUGGCCUGUAAUACUGCCUAAUAUGACAUGAAUGGAAUCUUCGGAUAGCCAUUUAUAUUCCUGAUGCUUUUAUUGUGUUGUAAUGCUUGUUCUGCAUAAAGCCAGAAGGAAAUAAUUCUGACUUAUGGAAGUAAUCCACUAAACUGAGAUAAUGUUUUUGGAUAAUGUAAAGAUAGAAUUUUAAAUAAAGGGUUUUGGACAGAC